AUGGGAGAGAGGAUCCAUGGCGGUGGAAAUGGGAAUGGGAAUGGAUGCUAUUUCCAUUUCCCUCCUCCCCCAUCUCCUGUACGCUCCUCUUCCUCCUCUAUUCCUCCAGAUCGCGAAAGAUAUUUCGCUGAACUACUCGCUGAGAGGCAAAAACUUGUACCUUUUGUGCAAAUUCUUCCCCAAUGUACCAAGCUCUUGACUCAAGAAAUAAGACGCAUGUCUGGCUUUAAUCAUGGUUUUAUCGAUCAUGAAAGACUUGAGCCAGAUAGUCCAUUCAGGCCCUUGGGUCAACAUCCAAAUACCAGACCAAUGGAUUUGGAGGGGUGGCCUCAUUUGCCAAUAGAGGACAAAGGAAAUCUUCAAAGGAUGGGAUCGUUUCAAGCACCACCAAUGGGUUGGCCUGGGACACAAGGAGUUCCAUCUACCCCUGUAGUGAAGAGAGUUAUCAGGCUUGAUGUCCCUGUAGACAAAUAUCCAAAUCAGUAUAAUUUUGUUGGCCGAAUUCUGGGACCGCGCGGGAACUCAUUGAAAAGAGUGGAAGCCAUGACUGAAUGUAGGGUUUAUAUCAGAGGCUGUGGCUCGGUGAAGGAUUCUAUUAAGGAAGAAAAGCUUAAAGAUAAACCCGGAUAUGAGCACCUUAAAGAACCAUUACAUGUGUUGGUGGAGGCAGAGUUUCCGGAAGAUAUAAUCAAUGCUCGCUUGGAUCAUGCAGUGGCAAUACUAGAAAAUCUUUUGAAGCCUGUGGAUGAAUCCCUUGAUCACUAUAAGAAGCAACAGUUGAGGGAGUUGGCUAUGCUCAAUGGUACUUUGAGAGAGGAAAGUCCAAGCAUGAGCCCAAGCAUGAGCCCAAGCAUGUCACCUUUCAACAGUACUGGAAUGAAACGAGCCAAGACAGGAAGGUGA